UGUGGAAAAUUUCAUACACUUUUUUCUCUGUUUUUAGACAAAUAGUGUUUUGCAGGCAAGUUUUGCCGCUGGGAACUGAAUCCUGGCAUUUAUAGCUAUGAAACAGUCAUCGCCAACCAGUUCACCGUGUGCCUGCGUUGCAAGGGGCAGACGAUUUACCAGCAGGUCUUGUCUGUGGAGAGACCCAGCACUCUGCAGAGCUGGAACUGGGGCUACUGUGGCCACUAUGCCUUUUACCACGCCCUGUACCCUCGGGCCUGGAUGGUCUGUGAGCUCCCGGGGCAGAAUGUGGUGCUCACUUGCCGACAGGUCUCUCCCGUCAUCCCCCAUGAUUAUAAGGACUCCAGCCUGCCAGUGGGAGUGUUCAUUUGGGAGGUGGAGAACGGGAGGGAUGAGGACGUGGAAGUGUCCAUCAUGUUCAGCCUGCAGAACGGCAUGGGAACGAAGGAGGACAGGAGCGGAGGGCACUGGAAUGAGCCCUUCGCCCUGGAGAAGGAUGGCGAGCGAGUUGCUGGAGUCCUGCUGCACCACUGCACGAGUGUGAACCCCUUCACUCUCGCCAUCUCUGCCCGGGAGAAGGCUGGCACGGGAGUCACCCACCUGACGGCAUUCAAUCCUAUGGGAUUGGGUAGAGAGGUGUGGCAGGACCUCCUGCAGGAUGGCAGGCUGGAUUCACCCACCGGUAAAAGCAGACAGACGGAGAAGGGGGAGGUGACGGCAGCGGCGGUGUGUGCCAGCUGCAGAGUGCCUGCCCAGGGACACAGGACACUGGAAUUGGCCCUGGCUUGGGAUAUGCCACGUGUUCACUUUGGCUCCAAGGAGAAGUUGCACUUCAGGUGGGUGGGUUGUCUCCAGUGGAGCCUGUGCCUCACCUUCCCCAUUGCUCAGGGCUCUGAUGAGCCUGCAAGCUCACCAGCCAUUCCAAACUGGGGCUGGUCUCUUGCCCAGUAGCACAGGAGACCUCUUGUGCAGUCAGAGGGCUGGGUAAGGUGGGGACCUGGCCUGUAGGAAUAAAAAGUGUGUGUGCAUGUGUGUGUGAGGAUGUUGGACUGGUGCACGCAGGCACGUGGGUUUGGUGGUUGUGGUUGGGUGACACUGCACAGACUGAGUGGCUCUGCCCCAGGAGGGCCUGUGGCAGAUGCAAUCCCCAGGGCAGACCCGGCUCCCUGGACGGUGACAAUCUGAGCCCAAGCAGCAGGUCCUGGUCUGGUACCAUGGCCCCCCUCCCUGCUGGCGCCGGGGGCAGGCAGUGGAGCACAUUUAAGGGGAUAAAUAACUUGAAAUUCUUAAUAAAUUUCUCCAGCUGUCACCUUUCAUUCUUCAUUGUCUUCUUUGUCAGAGGACCAAGCCAGAAGAGGGAGCCCUUGCUGCUUCCGUUUUUCUUCUGGGGCUGGGCUGGAGGGCUGGGAUGCAGGGAUGGGACCAG